AUGGCCCAGGCUACCCUCGACGAGUGGGUGUCGGACCCUGUCAACCCCGAAGUGCGCGCGCAUGUGUACAGUCUGAUUUCUGCCCUUGGCGGUAUCGGCGACGAUGGCACAUAUUCGCUUGGGCAUGAUGCUUUGCUAUGUCUCAAGGACCUCCGAAAAUGGCUCAAGUUUGCUGACGGAGCCCACAACCGGCGUGAUGUUGCGCGGUGUAUGGCAGAGGCAAACCUCGUCAAAGGAGACUUACUGGAAAUCCUGGCAAAGAUAUCGCCGACAGUCGUAGAAAGUGGAUGGAAACACAAGAUUGCAGUGGCCACACUCGAACUCCUCGUCCCCUUAACAUGGCCCUUUGAAAUCGACCCCACCGAAGCGACCGUCAACCACCAUCGCCAUGGCCCCUACAUCCAGCUUGCCCAGAUGGGCUACAAGCGCGCAAUUUUACAAUUUGACCGAGACAGGACCCUUCAGACUGCCGUCAAAAUCGCUCUUCCAUCCAUGGCAGUGCCCCUCCGAGAACGAACACCCCGAGACGAAGGUAUCAUUCGCAUCGCCUUGUACUUUAUACGCAAUAUCGCCAUGCUUUCACCCCCGAACAGCGCACCUAUGGACAUUGACGAAGCCGAGGUGUCUCGUUCUGCCACCAUUGACACCUUUCAUGAGCAGGAUAUAUUCCAGGCCAUACUGAGUAUUGCGUCAAGUAUUGGAGAGGACUUUGUCAGUCAGGACGUCAUAAUCCUCGAGAUUCUGUUCUUUCUUCUCAAGGGAAUCGACGCUGAGAAGUUGUUCAUGGAGGAUAAGAAGUUGAAUUCAAAGAACAACGAUGAACUUAAGAGCCUGAUCCAGAAGGAAAAGGCCAUGCUUGCAGGCUAUGCACGCAACGCACCAACUAGGCACAACCGAUUCGGCACAAUGAUCUGGAUAAAACGAGACGACGAGAAAGUCACUACAAUCUCGGGACAGGACGUGUUGGGCAAGGCGCAGGCCAGUAUGCAAAAGAUGGAUGAAACCAAAAAGUGGAACAAGCCCAGGCGACCCGGACGCAAGCAAGACGGCGCUGAGGAGAGGGAGGAGUUUGAUCUGCCAGUACCCCUGACCUCUUCAGCCCGAAAGCACAUCAAAGCCUUUGUUGAAGAGUUCCUCGACUCGUCAUUCAACCCCCUAUUCCUACACCUCCGCAAGGCCAUUGAGCGUGAAACCGAACGAGUCGAGACACGGCACCCCAGACAAUUCUUUUACCUUGUUUCAUGGUUUCUACGAGCAGAAUGCGCUCGCCGGCGGACAAUGAAGGAGAGAGCCGCUGAUCCCAAGAGUCCAGAGGUUUUGUCUGCAGAAGAUGAAAGCUACGGUCUGGUCGCCGAAGUCAUGAACCAGGAGACCUUUAUCCUACUCAACCGUUUCAUGCAGAGGAGCCAAGACGAGAAGGCAUGGCGGGAUCUGAAUGCUGGACUCAAGUGCUUCACACAGAUCCUGCUCACCGUUCAUGAAAUGUCCGAGUCGGCAUUAGAAGAUGACCAGGAGAUUGCUGAAAACAUCCAGAACCGCAUCUUUUAUGAAGAAGCAACACACGACCGGAUAGUCGCCAUCUUGAGAUCAUACAAGGAUCAAGGUUUCGGCUACCUAGACGCUGUCACUGAGCUAUCUCAUGUCUUCUUGCGGAUGUUGGAGCGCUAUUCCAAGCAGAAUGUGGAUAUGCAAAUUCGAUCAAAACGAAGAACGCGGAAGAUUAAAAAGAAGAAGGCAGAAAAACAGGGCGAAGAGGCAGAAGAGGAGGGCCAUGUUUCCGAGACCGAAGACAUUCAACAAGCCCAGAAGACUGUUUCGGAGCGCAAAUUUGACUUUCAUCGCUUUUUAGCAAAAUUUGUGAACCAGAGCAGUAUCAAUACCUUUGUGGCCUUCACUAGGUACUUUAAUGAUCUGGAUACUGAGCAGUUGAAGCGUGCACAUCGCUUCUUCCACCGCGUGGCGUUCAAGAUGGAGCUUGGAGUUUUGCUAUGCAGAGUCGACAUUCUCCAUCUAUUCAACAAGAUGAUGAAGGGUCCUGGAGGCCUCGAUCCCGAGUCGCCAGUAUACAAGGAAUGGGACGAGUUUAUGAAGCACUUCUUCAGGCAAGUAGUGAAGAAGGUGCAGGAGAGGCCAGAGCUCGUAGUCGAAAUGUUGUUCAGCAAGAUUCCAGCGACUCUCUUCUUCCUUGAACACGGGUACGAGCGUGAGGUGCCGACCAAAGCACCACGAGCGCCGGCAGAGCUGGAAGUCAAGCCUGGCCUAGAACCACCAGAACAAAUCGGUGUGGCUGUUGGCGUGCUUGUCAAUCAGUCUAAGUCAGAUGCCCUUCGAUGGGUCCGAGAUGUUCUCACAUCCGCGGCUGAGGAGCGGAAGGCAUGGGAAGAGGCUGCAGAAGCACAGAAGUUAUUGACUGCAGAGGUGGAGCACCCUGAAGGCGAAGCACCAACUGAAGAUACAGAGGCUGAGACGGCAAAGCCUCCAUCCAUUGUGAUCAAACACGAUACCGAGGAACGCCGUGUUGCCAUGUUCAAAGACAAUAAGCUACGACUACUCAUGAAGUUGGUUGGCUUCGAACGACUGGGCGAACAUCACGAUCCAGAUGCUGUAUGGGUUGUACCGUCAAACCUCACAUCAGCCCAACUCCAAGAGUCUAUCGACCUCAUCCGCAAGUUUGAAUUCGAUCCGCCAACAUACGAGGACGGCAAAACCCCAGAAGAUCUACUCCGCAGCGCGACCGCUGCAACACGCCGCUCAACACGCCGCGUCGACUUCGAUGACGAUUCAGACAACGGCAUAGACGACGACCCUGAAGACCACGGAGAAUAUGCCCAAGGCGGUCCAACAGCACGCGAAGGCGACGCCCCCCGCAAGAAACUCAAGCGGCGGCGGCGCCAACGCACCCCCGUCGAACUCGAUGACGAAGAGAAAGACCGCCGUGCCGAAGCCCGCCGCAAAAAAGAAAUCGAAAAGCAAGCCAAAGCCCUCAGCACAAUGUUCGUCCACGAUUCGGACGACGAGGAUUGGGAUGCAGAAAAAGAUGCCGCCUUCUUCGCCCGCGAAGAAGCCAUCCGCCAGGAAAACAUGCAGGUCUUCAAGAAAUCCCUCGUCCUGGGUACCGUGGAACCUGUUGCUUCGAAAAAGCGGAAAGCAGAUGAUGCGACGGAGAAGAGUAAGCGGCGCAAGAGUCCGCCGAAACGCAAGGCGCUGUUUGAUGAUAGCGACGACGAUGAGGAAGAUGAGAAUCGCGCGAGUAGCAGAGCUACAUCUGAAGCUGCUGGAAAUGCUUUAGGUGAUGAAGAGGAGGAGGAUGAGACACCACUCUCUUCGCAAAAUCCUGGGGCAUCGACGGUGAGUGAUGGCGAUGUUACGCCGAGGAAAGAGUCAACUGUUGAGAAGAGUGUGGAUGUUACCAUGACGAAUGCGGAUUCGGAUGAUGACGAUGACGACGAUGAUGUUGCUGUGCCGACUAGACGGCCGGCGAAGCGGAAUACGAGGGCCGGGUUCGUAGUGGAUAGUGAUUCUGAGUGA